CUGCGUGCAGCGCAGGGAGGCGGAGUCAGAGGUGCUGUUGUUUGUGUGAUGUAAAUUUUAGAGACCGAAUCAACGGAUUAUUUGUUCUUUCUGCGGAGAUUAAACUCCGUCCGUCCGCCGAGAGAACAUUCACACACCGGCCCGGGACAAACACGGCACACCGUCAGGGGAUCUGCCGCCGCGGGGGAAAAUGUCUGCGGGCUCCGGGAACAGAAACACGAACACGGAACCGUGGGGAAGCUUCGAUGACAACCUCAUCCAGGGCGGCGGCUCGGCCGUCGUGGACAUGGAGAACAUGGACGACACGUCGGGCUCCAGCUUCGAGGACAUGGGGGAGAUGCACCAGAGGAUGAAGGAGGAGGAGGAGGUGGCGGCUGAGGCGGCCGCCACCGAGGACGACAACGCCGAGGACGGAGAGUUUCUGGGCAUGAAGGGGUUAAAGGGUCAGCUGGGCCGACAGGUGGCUGACGAGGUGUGGCAGGCGGGGAAGCGUCAGGCCUCCAGAGCCUUCAACCUGUACGCCAACAUCGACAUCUUGAGGCCGUACUUUGACGUGGAGCCGGCGCAGGUCCGCAGCAGGCUGUUGGAGUCCAUGAUACCUGUCCGCAUGAUCAACUUCCCUCAGAAGAUAGCAGGCGAGCUGUACGGCCCCCUGAUGCUGGUCUUCACUCUGGUGGCGAUCCUGCUGCACGGCAUGAAGACGUCAGGGACCGUCAUUAGGGAGGGAACCCUGAUGGGAACAGCCAUAGGAACGUGUUUCGGUUACUGGCUCGGCGUUUCCUCCUUCAUCUACUUCCUGGCGUACCUGGUCAACGCUCAGAUCACCAUGCUGCAGAUGCUCUCCCUGCUGGGUUACGGUCUAUUCGGUCACUGCGUCGUCCUCCUCAUCUCCUACAACAUCCACUUCCACUUCCUGUUCUACGCCCUCUGGCUACUGGUCGGAGGACUGUCCACUCUGCGUAUGGUGGCGGCUCUGCUGUCUCGUACGGUGGGUCAGACGCCUCGCCUCCUCCUCUGCGGGACGCUGGCAGUCCUCCACAUGCUGUUCCUGCUCUACCUUCACUUCGCCUACCACAAGAUCGUAGAAGGGCUCCUGGACUCUCUGGAAGGACCCUACAUGGCUCCCAUCCAGCGGGUGGCCAGGGACGUGCCUGAACUGACGCUCAACGCCACAGUGAGGAGCCUGGGGGCCCUGCUGAAGACCCACUGAGGCCCCCGCCCGUCUCUUCCUGUCAGAAGCUCCAUCAGUUUUCUCUCUGAACUCCUCUGUUGGUGUUUUAUGUUUUUAUUCUGUUGGUUUCCAUGUUCUGCUGUAUUUAUAGUUUCUGUACAGAGUCUCUAAUAAACUUUGUGGUUUGACUUAA